AGCCCGCCCACAGCCAAUCCUUGAAAACAGCCAAAAGAGGAAAGUAGCCACCAGGUUUUAGCUGAAAAGUCUGCCUGGUGCUGUAAGAACAGUAGUGACAUUCGGUAGGUUGUGUAGAUAGACUCAGCCGAAGAUCUCUGGAGACCAUGACCAACAAAAGAAUUGCUGUGAUUGGGGGAGGUGUGAGCGGGCUCACAUCUAUCAAGUGCUGCCUAGAAGAAGGCUUGGAGCCCAUUUGCUUUGAAAGGACUGAUGAUAUUGGAGGGCUCUGGCGGUUCCAGGAAAAUCUUGAAGAAGGAAGGGCCAGUAUUUACAAAUCAGUGAUCAUCAACACUUCUAAGGAGAUGAUGUGCUUCAGUGACUAUCCCAUCCCAGACCAUUUUCCUAACUUCAUGCACAACUCCCAGGUCCUGGAAUAUAUCAGGAUGUAUGCCAAAGAAUUUGACCUUCUAAAGUACAUCCAAUUGAAGACUACUGUGUGCAGUGUAAAAAAGCAACCUGAUUUCUGCACUUCAGGCCAAUGGGAAGUGGUCACAGAAUCUGAAGGGAAAAAGAAGGUGAAUGUCUUCGAUGGAGUCAUGGUUUGCACUGGCCAUCAUACCAAUGCUUACUUACCACUGGAAAGCUUCCCUGGAAUUGAGACGUUCAAAGGACAGUACUUCCAUAGUCGAGACUAUAAAAAUCCAUUCAGUUACACUGGAAAGAGAGUCAUUAUAAUUGGCAUUGGGAAUUCUGGAGGCGAUCUGGCUGUGGAGAUUAGCCAUGUAGCCAAACAGGUUUUCCUCAGCACCAGGAGAGGGGCUUGGAUCCUGAAUCGUGUGGCAGACCAUGGAUAUCCUUUUGAUGUGUUGUACCAUUCUCGACUGAAACAUUUUUUUAUGAAGAUUUGUGGUCAGUCACUUACAAACAUGUACUUGGAAAAAAGGAUGAACCAAAGGUUUAACCAUGAAAUGUAUGGCCUAAAGCCUGAACACAGAGCUCUGAGUCAACAUCCAACCAUCAAUGAUGACCUGCCAAAUCGUAUAAUUUCUGGCUUGGUGAAGGUAAAAGGAAAUGUGAAGGAAUUCACAGAGACAGCUGCCAUAUUUGAAGAUGGUUCCAGGGAGGAUGACAUUGAUGCUGUUAUCUUUGCCACGGGCUAUAGUUUUGCUUUUCCUUUUCUUGAAACUUCUGUCAAAGUAGUAAAGAACAAGAUAUCUCUGUAUAAAAAGGUCUUCCCGCCUAAUCUGGAAAAACCAACUCUUGCAAUCAUAGGCUUGAUUCAGCCCUUGGGUGCCAUUAUGCCCAUUUCAGAGCUCCAAGGACGCUGGGUCACUCAAGUAUUUAAAGGGCUAAAAGCAUUACCUUCACAAAGUGAAAUGAUAAUAGAAAUAACUAAGGCUAAAGAGCAAAUUGAAAAAAGGUAUGUGGAGAGCCAACGCCAUACCAUUCAGGGAGAUUAUAUAGAUACCAUGGAAGAGCUUGCUGAUCUGGUGGGUGUCAAGCCCAGUCUGCUAUAUCUGGCCUUCACUGACCCCAAAUUGGCAUUGCAGUUAUUAUUGGGACCCUGUACUCCAAUCCAAUAUCGUCUACAGGGCCCAGGAAAGUGGAAUGGGGCUCGAAAAGCUAUCCUUACCACAGAAGCUCGUAUCAGGAAGCCUUUGAUGUCGAGAGCAAUUGCAAGCAGUAAUUCCGCAACUUCAACAAUAACAAUGGCCAGGUGUGUGCUGGCCAUUGUUCUCUUUGCUAUAAUUAUAACCUAUUUUUAGCUGUUC